UUGGUUCUACACUCCAUCGUAAGCCGGUCAGUUGUUUGUCAACACGUGCCGUGCGUUUUGUAAAUGUCUGUGUGCGCAUAUUUAAAUGGUGUAGUGUUGACAAAUUUUUCUGUAAAAUACGUUAUUUUUUUCUUAAUAAAACUUUUCUAAUACUUCUCAAUCUAACUUCUAACAAGAUCUAUUAUUAUAACUAUUUAAGAAAAAAAAAUUUUUAAUUUAAUCAUAAAAAUAUUUUGUUAAAACAGUUAAAUUGAAAUAUUUUAAUUGUAUUGUGUUUUUUUAUCAAUAACACAGUCGUUUAAUUUUAAUUUUAAUUGUUGAAUGACGAAUUAUAUGAGUGCAGCCGUUACAAAACUUGUUAUUUGAACAAUUUUUUCGCGUAUCUUACUGUGGAAUAGUGUUAACAUUUAAUAGCAUGUGCGAGUUACAGACUAAUCAUGGAGAGUUGAUUUUCGACGAAAUUGAUAUGGGAUUAAAGUCUAUUCUAGAUGAACCAUUUCAUCCAUUUUUUGGAAAUAUUAGUGAUAAAUGUAUGGAUGAGCCAAGCUGCAAAAUUUCUCGUAUUGAAGAUUCUACAGAAAUGGGUAAGAAAACCCAAUUGUUCGGCAAUGUCUAUAAAAGGGGCAGUCGCAAGUUGUCAGGAAAAGCUUGUGGAGUACCAAGAGACGGAGGAAACAUUGAUAAAAAAGAAGAAACUGAACUUUUAUGGAGCAAUGUUGUAGAAUCUCAAUCAGCGUUCCUUGGACCGAAUCUUUGGGACAAUAAAACCAUACCUUAUGAUAAUGACCUCAAAUAUUGCGAUUUGGACGAAUUUCUGUCAGAAAACGGUUUGCCGGUUGAGGGCGAUCAACACAACGGCACGUCGGGUGGCAACGGAGCAAACGUUAACCAGGGCUCCAUAGUGACAGCCGCCAGCGCAGGCUCACUCAUGCCGGGCGUCAACGGACGCCUGUCACCGCCGCCCCCGGCCUCGCUACACCCCAUACAACACCUACAAGCCAAUGGCGCUGGCGGGGUGGCAACUAUACUCACCAAGCGCGAACCAUCACCAUCGCCGAGCGAACCACUGAGUCCGAUCACCAUCAACCCGCCGUCGCCCGCAGAUUCCACAUUGUCAUUUGCGUCAUCCAGCAGAGAUUUCGACCCAAGAACACGGCCGUUUUCCGACGAGGAGCUCAAACCUCAGCCAAUGGUAAAGAAAUCAAGGAAACAGUUUGUGCCGGAUGGGCUUAAAGAUGAAAAAUACUGGGCGAGACGCCGAAAAAACAACAUGGCGGCUAAACGGUCGAGAGACGCGAGGCGAAUGAAAGAGAACCAGAUCGCUUUGAGGGCGGGAUUUUUAGAAAAAGAGAAUAUGGGUCUUCGACAAGAAAUGGAACGUUUGAAAAAAGAAAAUUUGGCGCUUCGGGAUAGAUUAUCAAAAUUCACCAACGAGAUCUAAACAAAUUAUUGCGUUACUCAUAACCACAUUUACGCGGAUUAUAUAUUAUUAUUAAUAUUAUUAUUGUAAAGUUUCGAUCAGGUAUCUAUUAUGUUAUUUUUCUUGAUUUAGAUUAGAAUUUACUCAAACUCGUGUCGUUCUGAAUAUAUAUUUAUAAAAUUUAAUCUAGUUAUUAAAACAGUUCGUUAUAUGUAUAUUUCCAUCGAUGUAAAACAUAUAAUAUAUUCUAACGAAAAUCUUAUGUAGUUACCUUAAGCAAGUCAUGUCGAAGUACACUUUUAGCCGUGAAUAGAAUAAGGAGAAUACAUACUUAUUUCACUGUAGUUCUGUUUUAUUUGGAUAAUUCGCGAUAACAUGAUUGUAUUUUAUUUAAAAAUGUGUAUGUUAUAACGCAACUGAUCUCAAUAUCUCGCAUACGAAGUCAUUUUUGUCCUCUCGUGUUUUGUUACCCAUACAUUGAUAAACUUAUCAAUAAAUAUAUAACUUUGUUGCCGUUUUGGUUUUAUCGUUUAACUGUCAAGUAAUUAACGAAUGAUUUUACAAUAAGAAGGAUUUUUUUUACACAUACGUCCGUAUGGUUUUGUUGUUCUGUAUAUAAACAAAAAUACAAAAUAGGUCUAAAGUUAUUAAAUUAUUAUUAUUAUUAUUAUAUUUUAUUAUUAUUUUAAAUUGUCCUAUUUAUGUUUUUUGUUAAAAACAAUGAUUGUUUUACCUAACAUCUGGCUUAUAUUAUAUUAAUAUAGUCGUGGUUAUACAUAGGCGUGAACAUAUUAAGUAAUAAAUGUACAAAUAUUUACAUUAGUAAAACUAUAAGUAUAAGAGCUAACAUCAAUAAUGUGUUAUACUUUUAUAUUUACACUUUGCUUUGUUUUAUUUCUCGAGCACUUGUUUAUCUUUUAUUUCUUUCCAUAGGAACUUUUUAAGAACCUAAGAAUUUUCCAUAGCUAAUUUUGUUUAUUUGCUCUAACUAUAUUAUUGUUAAAUGGCGUGUAAUAUCAUUACCAAUUACCUGUAUGCAAUAAAGAUUUAAUACAUUUUUUAGUGUUGCGGGUUUUGAUUUAUUUGUUUUAAGGCUUCCAAAAUAUUAUGUCAAUUAAGUCGUAUGUAUAAUACACUUCCAUAUUACGUGUGAAGACCCAUCCCAUUUUCUCAUGAAUAAUAUAUAAAAUGUGUAAUUUAUAUACUAUGUAGUUAUUGGUAUGUUUAUUUUAAAUAUUAUUUAGUUAUUAUUAGUACCAUUAUUAUUUAAUUAUUUUUGGUUAAAUACUUAACUUUUUAUUAGUAGUUAAGUGUUGAUUUUUUCAAAUGUUUAUUUGUAGACAUUUAGAUAGUUACAUUGACAUAUUUCUUAAUUGUUUUAUGUAUGAAUAAAAUAUAGUAAUAAUAUUAGUUAAGCUUUAAAAUAUUAAAUUAGUAAGAUAUUUGUUCUAAGAAUAAUAUAUUUGAUAUUUGUGAAUAGAUACUUUUUUUUACAACACUUCUAUAAUACCUUAUAAUGUACUUCUGUUAGAAAACGAGAACAAAAAUGUGUAUGGGUCAGGGGUUACUGUAUGAUUUAGUUUUUCUAAUUAUAUAUGAAUAUGAUUUCAUAUAUAUUUCUUUAAAAAAUACCUUUUAUACUUGUAUAAUAUAAAUAAAUAUCAUAGUUUGUUGUUAAAUUAAAAAUUUUGUCCGAGUUUUAUUGUUUUGCGUUAAUAUACAAUUAAUAACCAA